AGUAAUAUGCAAGUGAAAUGGUAUGACUGUGGACGGUUAGUAGCUUCCCAAGAAAAAGCCGUGCAGCAAAAAGUAGGCGACAGAAAUGAAAAAGAAAAAGAAAUUAUUGAACGGUUUACCGAAAAUCUCAAUAAAAACGCCAAAGUUAAUGAGUUGGCGGUAAUUGGACGUGAAGGGGAAAUUAAGCAAUUAAUUUACGUCUUGUCGCGAAUGAUGAAAAAUAAUCCAUUGCUGAUUGGCUAUCCUGGGGUAGGGAAAACAGCUUUGGUAGAGGGAUUAGUCCAAAGAAUCAAACAAGAACAAGUUCCCGAUUAUUUAAAAGGCAAAACUGUUUAUCAACUUGAUAUGAUUUCGCUAAUGGCCGGAACUAAGUUCCAGGGUGAAUUGGAAGAAAGAUUAAAAACUAUCUUCAAUUUCAUGGCUCAGCCAGAAAAUAACGCUAUCCUUUUUAUUGAUGAAAUACAUUUGAUUGUGGGAGCCGGUCGUAAUCAGGGAGCACUUGAUAUUUCUAAUCUCCUCAAACCGAUGCUUUCCCGGGGUGAAAUUCAAUGUAUCGGAGCAACAACCCAAGAAGAAUAUCGACAAUAUAUUGAAAAAGAUGGGGCAUUAGUGCGCCGUUUUAGUAAUAUAGUAGUACCUGAACCGAGUCAGGAGGAUACAUUAAGAAUUUUGCAGGGCAUUCGCAAUUAUUUUGAGAUUUAUUACGAGUUGAAAAUCUAUGACGAGUCAUUAAUGGCGGUAGUGAGGUUUUCGCAACGUUAUUUAACAACAACUUAUUUGCCCGACAAAGCCAUUGAUUUACUGGACGAAACUUGUGGGAGAUUAGAAAUAAAUAUGGCAGCGCUUCGAGAAGAAAAAAGUAAUGAAGUAAAGGAAUUUUCUCUCCAACAAGAAAUAAAAAAUCAGAGAAAAAAAUUAGAAGAAUUAUUAGAGUUAGAUAAGAAAGAAAAUAAAAUUAUUCGGGAGUUGAAUAAAGUCAAGCGAGAAUUAGCCCAAGUCGAAAAGGAGUUGAUUAUUUAUGAAGAAAAAGAAAUUGACUUCACCAAAGCGGCCGAGCGAAGAUAUUCCAUCAUACCUUCUCUAAAAGAAAAAGUCAAGCAAUUAGAAGAAGAAGCGAGCGAUAAUGUAUUAAGAAAAUAUUUCAUCAAUCAGGAAGAUAUUGCUUUAACGAUUGCUCGGAAAUAUGAUUUGCCAGUGGGAAGAAUUUUGGCUGAUGAACAACAAAAAUUGCAUUUUCUUCCUGUUAUUUUUCAAGAGAGAGUAAAAGGACAAAACCAAGCUUUGCGUACAGUUGCUGACGCUAUUUUUCGGGCCCGAGCCGGGGUUCAGGACCCACAUCGUCCUUUGGCGUCAUUUUUGUUUGUUGGGCCAACGGGUGUGGGCAAGACCGAAGUGGCUUUAACCAUUGCCGAACAACUUUUCGACCAAAAAAAAAAUCUUAUUCGUUUAGAUAUGACUGAGUUUUCAGAACCUCAUUCAGUUAGCAAGCUUAUUGGUUCUCCACCCGGCUAUAUUGGCUUUGAAGAACGACCGCGGCUAGAAAUUAUUCGGGAGCGAAUGAAUAGCGUAGUGCUUUUUGAUGAAAUAGAGAAAGCUAACUCUGAGGUUAUUAACAUUCUCUUACAAAUACUUGAUAAUGGUUUCCUUACUUUGGCUAAUGGUCGAGAGGUUAAUUUUCGUAAUACCAUCAUCAUUUUGACUACUAAUUUAGGUUCCGAGUUGUAUUUUGAGGGUAAGGAAAUGAAAGAAAUAAAAGAGGAGUUGGACUUCGAAUUAAAAAAUCAUUUUCGUCCGGAAUUUCUCAACCGACUUGAUGAAAUAGUUUUCUUUAAUUCUUUAACACCAGAAGUCAUUAGAGAAGUUAUUAAUAAGGAACUGGAAUUAUUCAUUCGCCGUAUCUCUCAGGAGAAAAAUGUUAAAUUGCGAUAUGGUGAGGAAAUAGUAGAAAAAAUCCUCCGCGAGGCUUAUUCUCCGGAGUAUGGUGCUCGUCCGAUUAAGCAUUAUAUCGAGAAAAAAAUUGGUACCUUGGUCGGGCGGGGGAUUAUUUCUCAGUUUCUCCACUUUGUAAGUAUGAGUAAAAACAAAAAGUUAGAAAAGGAAUUAAAUAAUUCACAAAAAUCACCCGAGGGUUCACCAAAUUCUCCUCGUGAUCAGCAAAAAAAAACUGAAGAGGGUUCCGAAAAUAGGGAUAAUAAAAAAAAAAGUAUAGAAAAUGAUAAGCAAAUGGAAAUCAGCGAGGUGUUAAAAUAUGGUAAUGAAGGAUUAUUGUCACAACUCCUCUCCUUUCCUGAUAAUUACGAAAGAGCUCUGCAAGUUAGUCAGAACGAGUCCGACCCCAAAAUUCAAAAAAAAAUUCAAGACUUUCUAACAGGGUUUCAAAUAAUUUUGACCGAGUUUCGCAAUGUUUUGCAAAGACGAGGGGUAGAAGAAAUUAAAAUUACUCCCUUAAAGGAUACUUUUGACAGCAAGUUUCAUGAGGCAUUGGAAGUUGUAGAAAAUAAUGAUUAUCCUGACGGAACCAUUUUACAAGUUUUACAAAAAGGUUAUAAAAUUCAUGAUCGGGUUUUGCGCCCGGCCACGGUGAAAAUUAGUAUUGACCUGGGGACCACUAAUUCUUGUGUGGCGGUUAUGGAGGGAAAAGACUCCAAAGUUAUCCCAAAUAAGGAGGGGAAAAAUACUACUCCUUCGGUGGUGUUUUUCGAUGAAAAGGGCGAAAGAGUUUUAGCAGUCGGACAAGCUGCUAAAAAACAAGCGAUUGUCAAACCCAAGCAAGUGGUUUUUGAGGCAAAACGGCUGAUUGGUCGGAAAUUUACUGACUCAGAAGUGCAAGAGUUUCGGAAAAUUGCUCCCUUCGAAAUUAUCUCGGGUAAAAACGGCGAUGCUUACAUUAAAGUGGGUGAAAAAGAGUAUCCACCGCAACAAAUUUCGGCUUUUGUUCUGCAAGCUUUGAAGGAAGUGGCCGAAGAGUAUUUGGGGGCAAAGGCUAAAAAAGCAGUAAUCACGGUCCCAGCUUACUUCAACGAUGCGCAACGACAUGCUACCGAAGAUGCGGGAAAAAUCUCUGGCUUGGGAGUGGAGAGAAUUAUCAAUGAGCCAACGGCCGCGGCCUUGGCUUAUGGAAUUGAUAAAAAUAAGCAACUUCACACUAUUGCCGUCUUUGACUUAGGAGGUGGAACUUUCGAUAUUUCCAUUAUUGAAAUCAAUGAAGGAGUUUUUGAAGUAAAAGCGACUAAUGAGGAAGGAAUUGACCUCCAAAAAGAUAAAAUGGCACUGCAACGUUUAAAAGAAGCCGCUGAAAAUGCUAAGCAUGAAUUAUCUUCAUUAGAAGAAGUGGACAUCUCACUUCCCUUCAUCUCGGCUGAUGCUGCCGGUCCCAAGCAUUUCCAAAAAAAGCUUUCCCGGAAAAAAUUUGAAGAACUGGUGGCUGACCUUUUGGAAAAAUUGGUUUCCCCGUGCGAGAAAUGUAUUGCCGAUGUCAAAAAAAAGGAUGACAAAUUUGCCAAAAAAAGCAUUGAUGAAGUUAUUUUAGUAGGCGGAAUGACCCGCAUGCCGGCAGUGCAAAAGAAAGUAGAAGAAAUUUUUGGCAAAGAACCAAAUAAAUCAGUCAAUGCCGAUGAAGCAGUAUCUCUCGGAGCAGCUAUUCAAGGCGGAGUAUUAGCCGGCGACACCAAAGAUAUUCUUUUAUUGGAUGUUACCCCACUCUCUUUGGGAAUUGAGGUGCAGGGUGGUAAUAAUGAUGUAAUUAUUCCUCGUAAUACCACUAUCCCAACUAAGGCAACUCGGGUUUAUUCGACCGCAGAAGACAAUCAGCCUAGCGUUCAUGUUCGCAUUCUUCAAGGGGAAAGACCAAAAGCUUUGGACAAUAAAGUGUUAGGAACUUUCGAGUUAUCCGGCAUUCCACCGGCUCCCCGCGGUGUUCCCCAAAUCGAAGUUACUUUUGAUAUUGAUGCUAAUGGUAUAGUUAGUGUUUCGGCGAAAGACAAGAAAACUGGCAAGGACAACAAAACUACUAUUAAAGAUGCGAGUGGUUUAAGCAAGGAGGAAAUCGAAAAAAUGAUUAGAGAAGCCGAAGAAAAUAAGGAAAAAGAUGAAGAAUACAAAGCGAAUUCUGAAUUACUAAAUCGUGCCCAAACUUAUUGUCACACUUUUGAAAAACAAAUUGAAGAGUUUAAAAAAAAUAAGGAUUUCAACGAAAAUGAUGAAAGUUUCAAAAAGUUUGAAGAAAU